AUGGAGGAUAGGAUCAAGCUGGAAGUACAGACAGUGGUGCGAAGAGAUGUGGAUCAACGAGUUUCCCUUGCGGAGCGAGCCGCAGAAGCUGUCAGGCAACGUGUUGAUGGACUGGCCGAGGAGGUCGCCAGCCUCGGAGAAAUCGUCCGUAGAUCUAGUGCGACUACUACUGCACAUGCGACGGCUUUGGAGCAACUGCAAGCUAGCCAACAGCGCACCAGGAGCACCGUCACCCUCUUGGAAACGUGGCGUGCGGAUCGUGAGGGGUGGUGCGCUCGGACCAGUGAAUCGCUACAUUCUCUCACCGAGGACUCCAGAGCCCUCUCACGACGGGCACACACUCAACAAAAGGCCCUGGGUGAAGUCGAAGUAGCCCAGGAAGAUUUGGCGGUGUUGGUGAAGUCAACCAGGAGGGUGGGAGAAGCUGCAUCGGCGUCCGCGAUGGCUCCCAUUCGGGAACACUUCCUGCAGGAGAUCGAAACGAUACGGAGGCGCUUGUCAGCUUUGGAAAACGAGGCGCAAACAACGGCGACGGCAGCAGUUUCUGGUGUCGAUCCGACGAUGGUCAAAUCGAUCGCGGUGGAGGAAGCGUCGGCAAAGGCCGAGGAGGUUGAACGGCGAGUGAGCGCGUACGGUCCUGCGCUCGAGACACACAAGAAGGCCGAGGGAGACAUUUCGAGAGGAGCGCUCGGGGUUCGAGAUACCAUGGAGGCAUUGCAAAAGCGGCUCGCGGAAAACCUUGCUCGAAUUGACGAUGAGCUGUGCGAUCUGCGGUCACGCCACGAUCGGAAUGCAGCAAAGACAGCGGAAACGGCGGCUCUGAGCGCGAUAGAGCAGCAGCAGGUCACUCAAUCUGUGUCGGACGGACUUGAUGGGAGGCAGGAUUUGAAACCUCUCGCCAAGAGGCUCGAUGAGCUUGAGCGUUUGUGGGAACGAAAGACGCCGACCGACCUCACACCCGCCACGGUCACCGCUCCUUCGUCAGCGGCAGUGGAAAAGGUGGAGGGCAUUGCAAAAACGGUGCAGGAGAUGGCGUUAGGAGCGGAGGCGGCGAGUAGGCAACGAGCAAUAUUUGAGAACAGUGGUCGAAAACACCAAAAUCUCGAGCAGCAGCAGCAAAAACAACAACACCUUCACGCCGGGGCAAUGCCGGUAGAAGGACACGCAGUUGCGGCUCAAACUGCGCCCGCCUUCCGGACCGGGUUGAGCGGGCUGCUGAAGCGGUUGGGGUCCAAUUCGCUGUCGUCCGGCCAAAAGGAGGUCGGAACCAACGCUGCAGACAAGGACAACGAAGUAGGACUGGGCACGCAACGGCCGUCGUUGGGUGAGACCACGGAUUCCGAAAAGAAGGCUGUGCCACAAUCGGACGCAGCGGAUUUACGCACGGAGCUCGCAGCAGGUGGUGGUGGGAACGAAAAUCUUCCUCUGAGGUCCGGGAGUGCAGCACAAGACGAUGUGGAUCAACGAGAGGGCUCGCGUGGACGAAAGGAUAGCAGCGGCAGCUGCGGCACAGCUGGGAGCAGCGCCUACGGUAGCAGCACAUAUGAUAUAGUGUUUAGCGCGGAACCUCGGGAGUCUUCUAGCGGGGAACCUCAGGAACCUGCAACGCUAGACGAGGGUGAAGAGCAACACGGUAGGGAAGGAAAUGGCACACCCUUGUCACCCAGAGGAAACGGUACCACCAUCCUCAGCCGGGACGUGGAAAUACCUGCUGGCGCGGAAGGGGUGGGGACAGCCAAAGACACACCAGGGAAAGCUUCAGCACAGCCGCGGCAGCAGCAGAACCUGGAGAAGACCGAGGGCGAAGUUGUAGCGGGAGUGCCUUGGCGGUAG